GUCUUACAGGGGGAUGAAGGGCGACAGCGCGAUGGAUGCGCCAUUCGAGGCGACGGCGGCGCCAGCAGAGGAUGCGCGCGGGAAGGGCGUCGACGAGGAGGCCGUUGACGUCGUUUCGGGAGUCGGCUUCAAGAUGGAGACGCAUUUCAGGAUGCAAGAUUCCGAUCUUCGUGAUGCCGCCGAUGUACCAGCCGACGUCGACUUGAAGGAUCUGUCGCUGACCAGCAGCAGCUUGAAGAUGCCAGUCGGAUGCAGUUGCAGCGGGAUCGUCGCAAUCAGCCCCGACAAGCCUCGCGUGGACAUCGCCAGGAUUGAGGAGCACUUCGUCGAAGGUCGGGUUCGGGCGCAGAGUUCUGAGCGCCAUCUCUACAAGGGGCAGGCGGAUAAGGUAUUCAAGAAAGCGGUCUCCAACAUGAAAGCUUCGAUGCCCACCGUGAUGCGUGGUAGGAAUUCUGCCCCGACAAUCGAUUCCAUCAAGUUCGAGGUUGCGAUGAAGACAGGUGCAGGUGCCGAUGCAAGCUCGCCCCCGCCGCCUCCCGCAGGUCGUCAGCUCGCAGGCGCAUUGUCUGCCGGUGAGCUUGGGGGGAACACCUUGCCCGAGGAGGCUGGCCCCUGCGGGAGUCCACGAGCCGGCGUUCCAGCUGCUGCCCCGCAGAGCUCCCGCAGACGCGAGGCCGCCUCGAAUGGCGACGGUGGCGCCGCGGCAGCAGCGGCCUCAGCGCUGUCGACAGGUGCUGCGUCGCCGACGCCCAGCGCGAAGGCCGCCGCGGCGCCCGCCUCCGCUGCCCACCCCGCGCGGCCUCGAUCGCGAGGCUCGAUGCGGAACCUUGCGUCGGGCCGCGCCCAGGAGCGCAUGGCAGGAGUGGCGCGCUCGCUGCCAGCCUCAGUCGGCGGUGGCACUGCCGGCAGCAGGGGCGCCUCCGUGCGCUCCCCAGCUGGAGGAGACGACAUGUUUAGGAUCAGGCAGCUGGAGCAGCAGCUCAACUUCGGGCACUUGCUGGAAGGGCUGAAGCUCGUUGACAGGGGGCGCGCCCUGCGUCGCUUCAAGCCGAUGAUUCUGGACGCGAAGAACCGGAAGCAUGACCUCCUGGAACUCAUCGACAAGGCUACCAGGAUGUGCGUCGCGAGCCCUCACCAGGUCAAGGACCAGCAGGUGAGCUCGAGGCGCCUCCGCGCGCUUGUCAAGACUGGCAUCGACCUCCACGACUGCCCGAGGUGGUACUUGGCGUGGCUGAGGAAUUCCCUCGAGAAUGACCCCAGCGACGCGGGCAGUCUCUGGGAGACUAUGAACCUUUACAUCGACGAUGGGGCUUCCAGGGUCCUUGGAGUCAACAGGGGCAUGGUCGACUUUAACGAGGCAGCAGCAGCCUUGUUGCGUGCGACUAUUCUGGAUGCGCUCGGAUACCACUCCUUGGGGGCAGUGACCUGCAUCGGAGUUGAUAUGGCAGACUUCCGCAAUAUGCUUCAUAGCGAGUUGGACAAUGGGUGGGCGUCCUUCGACUGCGAGAUGGGCGAGGCCGACAUGAAGGAGGCCCCUCUCAUGAAGGAGCGGCUGGGGGCUUUCGAGAAGCAUCCGAGUGCCCUGAUGCUCAAGGCUACCAUCGAUGACCUCGGACGCUGGUUCGCGGGGUGCAGGAGUGGCGCCGCCGCCCCAAUUGUGAGGGCCUUCGUUGAGACAGCCGAGCAGAUCGCCGAGAGCGCACCGCCUCGCCGGAGCGCAUCGAAGGCCAUUGGCGACGAGCGCGCACCGCCUCGCGGAGACCCCAUCGAGACGAUGGUCGAGCUUGCUCGCCCCUAUGCAAUGUUCACCAAGAAGUAUGCCCCGAAGGAAGUGGCCGACCUUUUCGAAGAGGAGCGUUCGACGGUGACUGAGGGCGUCCAGGGUUUGGUGGAGAAGGCAUCCCCGACAUGCGCAUGUAACGCGAUUCCGAGGGUGCCGAAAGCGUUUGGGAACAGCGAGGACGAGGGCAAAGCUGCGAAUGAUAUCAGACAGGUUCUGAUCCAGAACGUCAGGGUGAAGUUCUCUACCGCGGAGCACUGCGACGAGAUCUUCACGGCGGUCGGGGGGGUCGCGAACCGCUACUUCCUGAAUUGCAAGCCCGCCUCGGAUGAGAACAUGAUGGAGUUUGACCUGAUCAACUUCGGCGCGCGCGUGGAGCUCGUCUGUGAGCUCUGCGACCUAGCGGGCCCUGCGGAUGAGGCUCAGCGCUUCCACUCCUUGCAGGGGCGUCUGGCCUUCUUGAGCUCGAUCGCAGAGGCGGUCGAUUCGUGCGGCGUCAUGUCCCGCGUGGGCGGCGCGGCUGAGCAGGUCGCGAACGACGACGGCCAUGGCUUCUAUCAGUACUUGGCCAUG